AUGUCUCUUCCUCUCCCCUUCACCAAACACUUCGCCGAGCUCACCGUCCUGCGCGCCGCCCUGCUGACCAGAAGAGUCAUCUCGGCCGUCACGGAAAUUUCCAAACAUGAUGCGACACCCGUGACCAUGGCCGACUUUGGCGCCCAGGCGCUCAUCAUGGCGGCUCUGCACGAGCUGUUUCCCUUGGACGGCUACGUGGGCGAGGAAGACGCGGAGACGCUGCGCAAGGACGAGGCGCUGGCGAAGACGGUGUUUGAGCUUGUGCGGGAGAUUGGCGACGAGUUUGCAAAGCAUGAGGCUGAGAUGCUGGAUUUGCUGGAUUUGGCUGGACGCGGGACGCCGGGGCCGAAGGGGAGGUAUUGGGUCAUGGAUCCUGUUGAUGGCACGGCUACGUUUCUCAAGGGCCAGCAGUACGCCAUUUCGCUGGCGCUGGUUGAAGACGGCAAGGAGGUGCUGAGCGUCGUGUGCUAUCCGAACCUCAGCCUCGACGACGGCGUGGUGGCCGAGACGCGCGUGGACACUUCCGGCUGCGGCGUCAUGCUGUCGACCAUCCGCGGCGAGGGCACCGACUACCGCAAGCUGUCGACGGAGUACCAUCUCGGGCCAUCCAGAAAGCUGGACCGCUUCCUUACUACGCCGACGAGUCUCGCUGACCUGCGCCUCGUGGACUGUCUGGCCAGCAAGUCGUCUCGUCUGGACAUUGCAGAGGCUCUAGCGAAACAACUUGGCGGGCUGCCCUUCCCCGGCAUCGAUCUGUGGUCUUCACACGUGCGGUACGGAGCGCUGAUGCUCGGCGAGGGAGAGGAGGGGAAGCACAUCAUGAUUCGCGUGCCCGUUGGUGCUCGCGGCGAUCCUUCUCGUGCGUACGUCUGGGAUCAUGCCGGCUCGCAGCUGCUUUACACGGAGAUGGGCGGUAAAGUGACGGAUCUGGAGGGCAAGGACAUUGAUUUCGGGGCGGGCAGGACGUUGGCGGCGAACUGGGGGCUUGUGGCUGCCCCGGAGAGUGUUCACGGGGAGAUUUUGAGGUUGGUUAGGGAGUUGAUUGCUAAGGAUUCAAAGCAAUAG